AUGAACCGACACAAAAGCUGCAAAGGUUCUCGUAAUAACAACAUUGUUGGACGCGCUCAUUCAACACUGAGCGUUUCUGCUGUUGAUUAUUAUUUAAAUUUGCCAGUGAAUUGCCCACCUUCUCCUGCUAUUUCUACUGUUACUCUAACUCCUGGUAGAAUAAGAAAUAUUGACCAAGAUAUGGAACACUUAAGGGCAUCCAGACAAGACAAUCCCUUUAUUCAGAAAGUGAUUGCUAGUAGAGAGAGUAUUAUUGACAGUUUGGAUACAGAAGAGGAAUCUGACCAUGCAAAUCUAAUGGCCAAGGAAUUAUCCUUAGAUUUGGAUAUAGAUCCAAUGUCUCUUCCAGAAAUGCAUGAGCAUAUGAUUCGGAGCCCUCCUCCUACUAAUUGGCCAAAAUCUCCCAAUUUUAAGGUAUUUCAUUUUCCCCAUAACGAAGAUGAGACUAUUUCAGUGGAAGUUAACGCCAAAGACACAAAGUCAACAGAAGUGAAAGUGAAACAUUCGAGUUGGGAAGGACCCGACACUUCUCCAUUAAAAUCUUUUGCAAAGACCCAUCAUUAUCAAGAUCGCUUUUCGUUAUUGACACCUAAUACACAUCGAACAACUGCAGAGGACAGUAUUCACCUAAUGGCUGAAGAUUAG